AUGAAUAUGUUGGAUGAUGAAGAUGACCAAAGCUUUCACGCUACGCGUGACGGCUACUCCCAUUUGAGCGAUGUCGAAUGGGAUGCGGUUGAACGAAUGGGUUCGACCAUGGGCAUCCAUGCUGUUAGCGUCAUGCUAGAGGCUCUCAAUAGAGAUGCCCAACAUGCUACUAUCGCCAAGUUCAUUCAAAAUGAACUUGACGCUGAACGCGAGAAAGUAGCCUUGCUUCACCAACAAGGUUCUCAACAAGCAGAGUUGUUGAGAGAACAAGGUGCUCAACAGUUUGAACUGUUGAGACAGCAGCAGGGCUGCUGCUGGCGGGUCGAUGCACUCGCGUCGGCCCGAGACUUUGAAGAUUGA